GCCUCUGAUUGGGCACAGAGCACAUUUGGCCGUGACGCGCAGUGCGCACAGUGCAGGUGUGGGAUCUUUGGGUUUGGGUCUGACUUUAUUUCUGUGCAUGUUCCAAUCUUUUGCCAGGCCAAACUAUUAGAGCUCUGAGCCAACUGCCAGCUCUCUCCUCUUGAAAUGUCUUCAGCUGAGCAAAAUUCAACAUCUAGUUUGCUCAAUAAGUUUGAAAAGCUGUCAUGGAGGCCCUCCAUCAGAGAUUCAGGCUCCAAAAAGCGUGCACGGUGGCUCCAAGCUCGACGCCUUUUCUCCCCUUCAUGCCCUAACCUGAGAAUCCCCAACAGAUUUUUAAGAGAAGGGCAGUUUGUACCCCCUGCUAGGAGUGGGCAUCGCUGUGUUGCAGACAACACUAACCUGUAUGUGUUUGGAGGCUAUAACCCUGACUUUGAGGAGGCUGGUGGUUCGGAAAAUGAAGAUUACCCUCUCUUUAGAGAACUUUGGAGGUUUCACUUUGCAACUGGCACCUGGCAGCAAGUCCGCACAGAGGGUUACAUGCCCACAGAGCUAGCCUCCAUGUCAGCUGUCAUGCACGGUAAUAAUCUCCUUGUGUUUGGUGGGACUGGGAUUCCCUUUGGUGAAAAUAAUGGCAAUGAUGUCCAUGUUUGCAACGUUCACUACAAGCGUUGGAACCUUCUUAACUGCAGAGGGAAGAAGCCCAACAAGAUCUACGGACAGGCCAUGAUAAUUGUCAACGGGUACCUCUAUGUAUUUGGAGGAACUACGGGCUAUCUAUACAGCACAGACCUGCACAGGCUGGACCUGUCCACUAGAGAAUGGACCCACCUCAAACCAAACAACACUCCCUCGGAUCUACCGGAAGAACGAUACAGACAUGAACUAGCCCAUGAUGGACAGAGGAUAUAUGUCCUGGGUGGAGGGACUUCAUGGACCUCAUACCCUCUGGACAAGAUUCAUGCAUAUAACUUGGAGACAAAUUACUGGGAGGAGAUUGCAACCAAACCUCAUGAUAAAAUAGGGUUUCCUACUGCUCGCCGAUGUCACAGCUGUGUUCAGGUCAAAAAUGAGGUUUUUAUAUGUGGAGGUUAUAACGGAGAGAUGAUCCUGUCUGACCUCUGGAAAAUCAACCUGCAAACCUUUGAGUGGACCAAGCUUCCUGCUUUAAUGCCAGAGCCUGCAUACUUCCAUUGUGCAGCAGUGACUCCAGCUGGCUGUAUGUAUAUCCAUGGAGGGGUCAUCAACAUGUCAGGAAACCGAAGGACUAGCUCUUUGUAUAAACUGUGGUUGGUGGUCCCGAGCCUGUUGGAAGUGACCUGGGAGAAGCUGCUGAAAACGUUCCCUCACUUAGCGCAGCUGUCCACUCUGCAGCUGCUGAGCCUGGGCCUGACACACACACUUAUCCAGCGGCUCAAAUAGAAGCACAGACUGAAAAAGGUGCCAGUAUGUGACACGAUUUUAAAAGGACCAAUAUUUUUUUACGUAAACUCAUGUAUGUAGAAAAAAGUCAAAUGAUGUCAUGGUUUGAGGGGAGGG